GGCCCUGGAGGACUUCUUAGCGUUCCUCCAGCAACCAUCAUGCAAGGUGGUGCUGGGGACUGCCCUCGCUGUGCUAGGAGGUGGAGGCCUCAUGCUGUGGGCUCAGAGGAAGAAAAGGAAGACAGUCAUAGAGUCUUCUGGGGACAGGUCUCCUGAAUCCUGCCGAGCAAAUGACAGCUGGAUCAAAUCUCACUUUAGCCGCCUCUCCGACGAGAGGUUGCCCACCCAUCACUAUGUCGGCUUCAGUGACCCCUCAUAUGAAAAUAAGCAUGGGGAGGCCAACACCACCAUCCACAUGGAGACACUAACCUCCACUCAUGGGGAAGGAGGUGUGGCUCUACACCGAGAUUCCUUUGCCAGCAAACAGAAGGUAUCUGGGACCUCAGUGACCAAAGAGACCCAGAGGGAGUCGGGAAAGACCUCGUCAAUAGAGGAUGAAACGUGGGCUGCUGUAGCUGCAUGUGCCAAGGAGAUCGAUGCCAAGGGACAUCACCUGGCUAAUUCUAUGCUGCAACGUGCCUCGACUUACCGGCGUGCAGGCCAUGUGGAAUCCAGAGACAUCAGCCCAGAAGAGCUGAAGGCUCUGGAGGAGGUGGAGAUAAAACUGAAAAGGAAUUUCCUCACUCAGCGGGAAACCACCGUAGCUGGUUCCAACCAAACACACACGGUCUAUAGCCAGAGUCGCCAUGGUCACCAAAGCCAGCACAGCCAUCCAAACCACCAGAACAACCAGAAUCAUCCUGUUUACUCCAGCCACCAGGGUCAUCAUCCAGGUCACUUGAGCCACCAGGGUUAUCCAAGUUACUCAACCCACCAGAGUCAUCCGGGUCACUCAAGCCACCAGACUCAUCUGGGCCACUCAAGCCACCAGAGUCACCAGGGUCAGCCAGGUCACGCAAGCCACCAGAGCCAUAGUCUGCCCAACCGCAGCCACCAAAUCUAUGACUCUUGAAGCCACUUAACCAUGUACCCCUCCCCCCAGCAGGGCUGGCUCACAUACACAGGCCUGCUUUCUCUUCUAUGGGGAAACCUAUGUGGUCCAGGGUGAGAGGCUGCCACCCAAAUCCCUACUUCUGGCCCCAGCUGGUGUCAUGAGGGAGGGAGGAAGGGAUGCA